AUGUCGGUUCCUACCUUCCUUUUCGUGCUAUAUCUAUCAUCCUUCGUAGCUGGUCAAGGGCAAGGGACGGAGAAAUGUCUUGAUGCGGGGUUGGAUUGGUAUACGGGAAAGGUUGGAGAAACGCCUUGCAAAACAUAUGAACGGCUCCGGCAGAUAUGCAACACCAACUUCAGAGUCGGAACAAUGAAUCCAAAUACUCCCCCGGAUAUCUGUAACGAGCAAGUUGCUGACUGUUGUUGUAACAACAUUGCCUUUGCACUAUCCAUGUUGUGUUUAACGUGUCAAAAGGGAGGGACUGGGUUUGACGCUGGUAUUGGCGCGUAUCAAAUUUACUUAACUGGCGACCGCCAAACUGGGUUUUGUAAUGCUCAAACAAAUAACACUUUACCAGCAGAUAUCCAAUCAGCAGUGUGUAACGAGAAGAUAAACAUAUACGAUGAUCUAUAUAACAUUUUUUGGAGUGACGGUAGUUGGUUUUAUAUCUAUACGUCGCAAGCAAUCACCAAAGACCAAAUUGCGAAACCCGAUAAAGUCUUCACGAAAUGCCCUCAAAAUGCGGUCGUAGUUCCCCCCCCUGUCACAACUUCAUCUUCCACCACCACCACUAGUACUAGCAGUACCAAUGUCAUCUCAAGUUCAACUUCCACCACCUCUACUACUAGUAGUGGUAGCAAAGUCAGUAGCUCAAGUACAGCUUCUGGCACCACCUCUACCACUAGUACCAGCAGUACCAACACCAAAAGUAGCUCAAGUUCAGCUUCCACCACCUCUAGUACUAGUAGUACUGGCAAUGGCAAUGUCAAUAUUCCCAGCGGAUCCGGGAUUAGCUCGAAUACCGACACUACAACAGAUUCGAAGGGUUCUCUCGGUUCGGGAGCUAUAGCUGGGAUAGCCAUUGGUAGCGUGGUAGCUGUAGUUGCGGCUGCUCUCGCGCUGUGCCUUUGGAUCCGGAGGAAGAGGCGGAUCGAAAGACGAUCGCCUCCAGCGCCGGAACCGUACGGUUAUGCCCAGGUCAAGGCCAAUGGUUCAGAACACCAUACUCCUAUUACCUCUCAGCCUCUGCAACAAUACCCCCUUACGAAUGCUACGUCGUCUACGCAUAACCCUCAUUUGGCUGGUUUACCUGGAAAAGCGGGUAUGGCGGAUGUGAGUUUGGAGAAUACGGAGUAUAUUCCACCUCGUCCAACGGACCGCGUGGACUCGGAGUCGGGCAACACGGACCUGCUAGAGAUGAGUGAGAGACAUGUGGAUGCUGGCCCUCUUGCAGGAAUGGGUUUGGAAAGGAAUGCGUCGGGGAGGUUGCCUCCUGCGUAUGGGGAUUUGAUUCGGGAUUGA